CCGGCAGCCUCCAGGGCGGGCGGCGGGCGGGCGCGAAGCGGAAGUGCGUGAGAGGGAGGUGGUAGGCGCCUGGUUGCUGAGGAGGCCGCGGGCGGAGCGGGGCCCGGUGAGAGUUCAGUCGCUUCUAAUAAAGCAGAUUCAGAAACAUCAUUGAUGGGAGACUUAUUCAAGGUUUGCUUCUGGAUUUCAUAACUGACAGAGCUGAGACGGUGAAACCUGACUGUUGCAGGGUGCAAGGUGUGAACCUGCUCAAGCAGGUACAGCUGACGGGUGCUUGCAAAGAUGUCUAAAACUAACAAGUCCAAAUCUGGAUCCCGCUCUUCCCGUUCGAGGUCGGGAUCGAGAUCCCGCUCACGAUCCUUCUCCAAAUCCCGCUCCCGUUCUCGUUCUGUCUCACGGUCAAGAAAGCGCAGACUUAGUUCUAGGUCCCGUUCAAGAUCGUAUUCUCCAUCUCAUAACAGGGAGAGGAACCAUCCGAGAGUCUAUCAGAGCCGGGAUUUCCGAGGUCAUAAUAGAGGCUACAGGAGACCAUAUUAUUUUCGAGGCCGAAAUCGAGGGUUUUAUCCCUGGGGCCAGUAUAAUCGAGGAGGAUAUGGGAAUUACCGGUCAAACUGGCAAAACUACCGCCAAGCGUAUAGCCCUCGUAGAGGGAGGUCGCGCUCUCGUUCCCCCAAGAGAAGGUCUCCUUCGCCCAGGUCUAGAAGUCGGUCUAGGAAUUCUGAUAAGUCAUCUUCUGACCGGUCCAGGAGGUCUUCCUCUUCCCGGUCUUCCUCAAACCACAGCCGGGUGGAGUCUUCUAAGCGUAAAUCCGGAAAGGAGAAGAAGUCAUCUUCCAAGGAUAACCGGGCAUCUCAGCCUGCAGGAGAUAAUCAAGGAGAUGAGUCUAAGGAGCAGCCGUUUUCAGGAGCAGUGGCUCAAGAUGUCAAGGCAUCUGAGGGAUCGAAACCAUGGCAGGAGAUGACCACCUAUGGUACAAGUUCAGCAUCGAGAGCUUCUGUGUCUGAGCUUAGCCCAAGGGAACGCAGUCCUGCCCUAAAAAGCCCUCUCCAGUCAGUUGUGGUGAGGCGGCGUUCUCCUCGGCCGAGUCCAUUGCAAAAGUCGAGCCCUCCACUAUCCAACCCAUCCCAGAUGAGCUCUGCUUUACAGAGCAGCAGCAGCAGCACCUCCUUUCAGGCAGGCUCACAUCAGAGUCCCUUUGACCACGGCUCGGCAGGUUUGAGCCCAACAAGGAAGAGUCCUGUGUGUAAAAGUCCAACACCAGUCAGUUCCAUGUACAGUACAUCUCAGAAGGAGGAAGCCACAGCUCCUGGAGGAGGAGCCUUCUCAAAAAGGUAUCUGGAAGAGCAGAAGCCUGAGAAUGGGAAAGACAAAGAACAGAAAGUAACAAAUGUUGAAAAAGAAAAAAAUAAAGAAAAAGGGAAUUUCUCUGAGGUGGGAUCAGCAGAUGGAAAGGCAAAAUCUGACUCCUAUACAUCCAAAGCCGACUCGGAGAAGGGAUAUCGCGGCAGCCAGUCGCCCAAGCGUUACAAGUUCCGGGAUGACUUUGACAAGCCAAAGGCCCCAGAGUUCCACAAGGAAGGCCAUUAUGGCAAAGAGGAAACAGAUGAUCAGGAAAAGAAAGACAAGGCAAAGGGCCGAAAAGAUUCGGAAUUUGAGGAAGAGCCCAAAUUUAUGUCUAAAGUUGUAGCAACUUCAAGUAAAAAUCAAGAGGAGGAGAGAUCAGGAAAAUGGGAAGGUGUGGUGUUCUUGCCACCGGGAAAAGAGAAGCAGAGGAAACCUGAUGAAAUGGAGGAGGAAAGCUAUUCAGAAAGAUCAAAGAAAGAGGAGAGACCAGCAUCCAAGAGAGCUGAACCAGGUCACAGGGGCUUUGUUCCUGAGAAGAAUUUCAGAGUGACCACUUACAAAUCAAGCCAGGAGAAAAGUUCUUCCCCCCCACCAAGGAAGACUUCUGAGGUGAAGGAGAAACCAGGCACCAAAGUAGAAGGGCUAACUCCUAGCAAAUCUUCCUUUUCUAUUACCCGUGAGGCCCAGGUCAAUAUUCGAAUGGAUUCCUUUGAUGAAGACCUUGCACGUCCAAGUGGCAUAUUGGCUCAGGAACGCAAGCUGUGUCGUGACCUUGUGCACAGCAACAAAAAAGAGCAGGAAUUCCGUUCGAUUUUCCAUCAUAUUCAGUCUGCUCAGUCUCAGCGAAGUCUUUCUGAACUGUUUGCUCAGCAUAUAGUGACUAUAGUCCAUCAUGUAAGAGAGCAUCACUUUGGGUCUUCAGGAAUGACACUGAAUGAACGCUUUACCAAAUAUCUAAAGAAAGGAAUGGAACAAGAUGCAGCUAAAAACAAAAAGAGCCCUGAAAUCCACAGGAGGAUAGAUAUAUCUCCCAGUACUUUUAGAAAACAUGGAUUCUCUCAAGAGGAAUCGAAAAGCUCCCGAGAUCCUGGCUUCAAGGCUGAAGGGAAGUAUAAGGAUGACCCUGUUGACCUGCGCCUUGAUAUUGAGCGCCGUAAAAAACAUAAGGAAAGAGAUCUUAAACGUGAUAAAUCCAGAGAAUCGGUGGACUCGAGGGAUUCAAGUCACUCAAGGGAAAGAUCAACUGAGAAAACGGAGAAAAGUCACAAAGGCUCAAAGAAAAAGAAGCACCGAAGGGUACGUGAGAGAUCCAGAUCCAGUUCAUCAUCUUCGUGGUCCUCUCAUUCAGUCAAAGCGGAGGAAUAUCCUGAGGAGACUGAGGAGAGAGAGGAAAGCAGCACAGGCUUUGACAAGUCCCGACUUGGGACUAAAGAAUUUCCUGGUCCCAAUGAACGAGGAAGAGCUAGAGGGACCUUUCAAUUCAGAGCAAGAGGGAGAGGAUGGGGCAGAGGCAACUUUUCAGGCAACAAUAACAGCAACAGUGGUGGCAAUAAUGACUUCCAGAAGAGAAGCAGAGAUGAGGAGUGGGAUCCAGAGUACACACCGAAGAGCAAGAAGUACUACUUGCACGAUGACCGGGAGGGCGAAGGCGCGGACAAGUGGGUGAACCGCGGCCGUGGUCGAGGUGCCUUCCCCCGGGGCAGAGGCCGCUUCAUGUUCCGGAAGUCGAGCACCAGCCCCAAGUGGGCUCAUGACAAAUUCAGUGGAGAAGAAGGAGAAAUCGAAGACGAUGAAAGUGGAGCAGAAACCAGAGAGGAAAAGGACAACCUGCAGACGACGGCUGAGUAGGCGCAGGGCCCGCGUGUUUCCGAGAGCCCUGGCAGCAGGGAAGGGGUUCGGUGCUGGGUUGUCAGGGUGCUCCUGACGUGCUGAGCAGAGCCCUGGAGAGGAGCUCGGAAACAAUCCCGAUGUUAACUGCAUUGCCAGAGUUCAGCCUCCCUUAAGCGUGGACUAGAACUGACCAAUCAUUUAUGCUCGGAUCCACUCACGGAGUUUAUCUUCCCAAAGACUUCCCUGCUGGACUGAGUAAGGUCAAGUACUGGGUGAGACCAGAGGAUUUUCUCUCAUCUGUGACCUUAUUGAAUGGUCGGUUAUUUUUUUGGUAACAGGCUUUGAAGGCAGCGUGGAGUUUGGUUUGUGCCCAUCUUGCCCCGGUAGUCUUGACGUUUUUGGUUCUCUUUUAUAAAUUGCAAUGGCUCUGGUUGGGGUUGAUUCACCCCUGCAAGGUUUUUUUUUUCCCCCUGUUGUGUAUUCAGUUUUUUAAAUCCGUACUUUCCUUUAGGCCUUUCUGUAGUAACACCAAGUAAAUGAUAAUUUUGGAAACUCUUUUUGGUUCUUACCCCUAAGAAAACAAUGAAGCAUGUGAAUAAACAUCUAAAUGUUAACUCCUUGGGACCAAACUCCGAUGACUUCUGUUCUUUUUUAAACAUUUUUUUUUAUGUAACUGUUGAGUUUUAGGGCCUUUAAAAAAAAAGAAAGAAAAUGUUUUCCUUUUGUGUUGAAAGUUAACAAAAUUAGCAUGGUUUAAAGAGAAAAAACAUGACACCCUACUUCUCACCACUGUUUGUGUACACUGUUAGGCCUGGUGUGUGCUGGAGCCCCAAACCGCUUGUAGGCAUUUUGUGUAUCCUCUUUGCAGCUGGUUGUGAACUCGAGUGCUCUUUCCAAGGUACCAUAGUUUUCUAAGAAACUUUGGAAUUCUACUGGGUUAAAAAUACAAAAGGAGAUGAGAAUUUUUUCAAUAUUUUUUAUUAAUCUUUUUAUAUAAAACGAAAAAAAAAAAGAAGCCAAACCCCGAAGUCCCUCCUGUGCUGGCUGAGGAUGGCUGGGACCGUGGUGUUCUUAUCCUCCACUUCCCUGUACUCUGAAGGGGUUUGCGAGCAGCUCUCGGGCCGGGUGAGUCCCUCGUAGCAGGAGAGGCAUGGCCAUGCACCCACCCUGCGUGUGCACGUGCUGCAGGCACCGCUCUCCCUCCCUGCCUUCCCUCCCCAUGGAUUGCUGUGCUGUUUUCCCCGCACACACCAACUAGCGUUUGGUUUGGUUUGACUUGAACAGUUCCUGUUUAGCAAAGCCCUCCAGUUUGUUUAUGCAAAUAAAACCCAAUAAAUGAA